GGUCCUGUUUAUAUAUCUCCUUCUACCCUUGAAACCUUCUCUUUCGUCUGGGUCUCUCUCUCUAAAAAGAACACACAAUACGCAAAGGUAUUUAGGGUUACUCUUUCUCUACUCAGCCGAUAUGAGUCGUCAUCCUCAGGUGAAGUGGGCACAAAGGGAAGAUAAGGUUUACCUUACAGUACUUUUACCUGAUGCUAAAGAUGCAAAGGUAAAUGUCUACCCUGAAGGAGUGUUCACCUUCUCUGCUUUAGCUGGUGCAGAAAAUCAUCAGUAUGAGUUGAAGUUGGAUCUGUUUGAAAAGGUCAAUGUUGAGGAAAGCAAACUUAAUAUUGGUGUGAGGAGUAUUUUCUGUGUUAUUGUGAAAGCAGAGAAUGGGUGGUGGAAGAAUCUGUUACGUGGUAGUGAGAAGCCACCACACUACCUAAAAAUUGAUUGGGACAAAUGGGUCGAUGAAGAUGAAGCAGACGAAACACCCGAUGUUAAUACAGGAGAUAUGGAUUUCUCGCAACUCGGCGGCAUGGGUGGAAUGGGCGGCAUGGGUGGAAUGGGCGGCAUGGGUGGCAUGGGAGGAAUGGGAGGCAUGGGAGGAAUGGGCGGUAUGGGUGGAAUGGGCGGCAUGGACAUGGCCAGCUUGAUGCAAGGAAUGGGUGGCAUGGGUGGAAUGGGUGGCAUGGAUAUGUCCGGCAUGGGUGACAUGGGUGAUAUGGGUGACGAGAGCGAUGAUGAUGAUAAUGAAGUGGAGAAGCCAGGAGAAGUAGAAGUUGCAGCUAAAGACGUUCAGAAGACAGAGGCUGCUCCUUCCCCAAGCACAUAAAGAGUGUUCAUUUUAGUCAACUUAGCAUUUUCAUUAUCAGUGAGUUGUCAUUUCCAGAUAAACUGCAAAAUGAAAUUGGGUUCUUAUUUAGAGUGACAGAUGGUGCAUCUUGAGAUUAUUUUGUUGUUGGUUCUCCCCUAACUAUGCAUCAUAGGCGUGUUCAGCAUUAUUGUGUUCCUUGGCAGAAUCUAUGUUUCUCUGGGACCAGUUUAGUUCAAUUUUACAGCAACUCACUUUUGUUCUCUCGUA